GCGAGAAGUAAGCAACUUGCGCAGUUAAGUCCGACUGAAUUGCAUAUGAGCAUGUCACCGUGUCAUCUUGCCCUUCAAACUAUUCCUCACUGUUGCAGGCUUUGCACACGACCCCGCAGAAUGUUAAGGCACUUGUUCUUCGCUUUGACUUUGGUCUAUUCGGUUGAAAGUGCUUGUUAUUGGCGAAACGGCACACAGGACCCCAGUCCCGACUACGAGCCCUGCAGUUCUGAUCUUUCGAAUCCGCUUCAUACUGUCUGCUGCGCGAAAUGGGAUACGUGUUUGCCAAAUGGUCUAUGCCAAUCAAACCGUGACCAAGAUAUAUGGCGCGAAACGUGUACAAAGAAGAACUGGGAUGAAGGAGGAUGCCAGGAGCUUUGCUCGAAUGAGCGUGAAUCGCAAAGAGAAAACAGCAUCAAAGUGACGCCUUGUGACGGGACUCCUUCAUCUUUGACCUGGUGUUGCGGCGAUAACAACACAGCUUGCUGCGCGGACGGAGGUAAUGCUUUACGGUACACAAUCGCUAGGAGAUUCGGAGACCCUAUUCCAGCUGCAUCGCCCAAUUCCUCCAGUUCCAGUAUAGCGACUUCAACGCCGACCUCUUCAACGAGCAGCCAGUCAUUGUCGCCAAAUACAACCUCUAAAGCAUCCUCAGGAUCAACGACGCCGUCCACAUCGAGCGGGGGCUUAUCUUCAGGAGCCAAGGCUGGUAUAGGUAUUGGUGCAGCGUUCGGAGCACUCGCACUAAUUGGGUUGGGGUUAUUCAUGAAAAAAGCAAUGCGGUGGAGAAAGAAGGCCUUAGACGCGGAAAAAGACAAAAGUGUCGCCAUCCUUCCCCCGGAAGAAUUUCCAGGGUUCGCUACACCGCCGAGUAAUGGGAAGUGGGCAUAUCAAGGAACAUUCAGCCAACCCGAGGAAUGUGUGCAUGAGUUGUCGGCGACACGGGACACGGUGGAGAUUUUAACCUCACCCAUUGACCGUCAACGACCGGAAUCAGUCAAAGAGCCGCACUCUUCCCAAAGUCCUUGAGAGAAGUUUCUUGAACAUUAUGCAAGAUUUUAAUGUUUUAAUAAUCACCGAGGCCGGGCCUGCCAUGCCUGAUAUCAGGGGGUAUGCCAACAUUAUUCUAGGAUCCGGGGAGAUCCCUACGGGAAUGUCCAAGAGCAGUAUACCGGCGCACAACGUAAAGGAAUAUUACCGUACGCGACUGCGGAUUUGAUCUAGAAGUUGAAUUGUUAUCGAUAUCAUAACGUGUGGCGCGAAUAGCAUGUAUUAUGCUAAUACAUAGCUGCGAAUAGAAGCUGAGAUGAAAGAGAGUAUAGCGCUUCUUUUAUAUACAUGAUUCUUAGA